UGUUGCUGGACAUUACCGAUCGAGAUCUUGGGCUUUUUUACCUUCACAAAAAAUUAAACCCAGUUGACACCCUUAAAAAUCUUAUUUGUACCUAAGCUUUAGCAGUUUUUGGUUGCAUAGCUUCAGUGUCUGACUAACAGCUUCGACGUCUAUCGACCAAUAAGUUCUUUAGGAAAUGAGAAGGGUUGAUUCCGAAUGUAAUUUUGGCUUGCAACGUGGUUUUGAUUGCAACUCAGUAAUUUCAUCCAGUAAUUCAUCGACGUAAGGAUACGGACAUUCAUACAGAAAAAUCUAUCCUCAUUAUGUCGACGGAGCAGAAUCCAGUGGAGCAGCCCCAGACAACUGAUCUCACCACUGACAAUGCGCUUCAUUAUGACACCGAAAUUAAAGACCCCACCGCCGAACACGAAUAUUUCUGGUUAUAUGAGGAGAGAGAAGACUUGUGGUCCAAGUAUGACUACGAGGAUUCUAAAAGCGGCAAAUGGAUGAUAUUUGUGAAGCUGAACUCUAUGUUUUCCAUGUGGAAGAAGUCCUGCAAUUUAUACAGAGAAGGAAAACUGGAAGGAAUAAUUGCAUGCGACGACCAAGAGUUGAUGAUGCGUUAUGGUAGGAACCUCGUCACGGUCCUGCAAUUCUUCACCAGUAAAGGCGCUAUCCCUUACAAGAGCGACGCGCAGACGGCUCUUGGAACUAGAGCAACUGGCUGCAAAGUUAACUCCAUGUACUGGGUGCGGGUGCCUCGUACACGUGACGAAUGGAAGCAACACGAGGGAAAGAACUUCUGGAGCAGGGUCCGUGGAAUUUCUUCUUCCUCAGGAAACUGGCGAUCAGAGCUAACCAGAAGCGAUCAAGAAUCAUGGAGGUCACCAGGAAAAUAUAAAGACCUAGAGAAAUCAACUGGAAUUGAUCAGGCAUCCUGGAGGUCGCCUGUAGAUGAUCGAAAGUCGUGGAGAUCUACCGGAAAUCAUCAAACCUCGUGGAGAUCUACGGUAAAUGAACGAACCACGUGCAAAUCUACUGGAAAUGAUCGGACCUCGUUCAAAUCUACCCGAAAUGAUCGGACUUCGUGUAAAUUUACCGGAAAUGGUCGGACUUUGUGCAAAUCUACUGGAAAUGAUCGAACCUAGCAAUCCUGCUUGUCGACAGAACUUACCGACCUCCAGAUUUGACACUCGCUGGUUGACAGAACCUGAGAAUUUCAUUGACAUUGGUGAGCAGAACAAGUGGGUCACUGGAUGUUGGAGUAUCCCAUGGAUAAGCCGGACUUCUCUUGGAUGAAGACUCGGAAGCUUUUUCGUGACAGAGGUCAUCUUGUAGCCGUCCU